AUGGACUCGGCCGAUGGGGUCCCAGACCCUUUGGACCCGGAGGCAGCGAAGGAACUGCCGGAGGCCAACGAGAUCAUCGAGGGCCUCUGGGUGGGCAGUGCCGAUGCCGGCACCGAGGCGACGGUGGGGCCCAAUAGUCGCCAGAUCGCCUACGUCCUCAACGUGGGGGGCUGUGUGACUCCCGUGAUCUUCGCAGCCUUGGCCAGGGCGAUCGCAGAGGAGGGCUAUCCCGAGGAUGCAGAUGAGGACGACCAGGAGCUGUCCAGCGGCGGACGCAGCCGUGGACACACCUACACCCACAACGGGGUGGAGACUCUGGCGCUUCCCAUGGAUGACUACGGGCGAACCCCGUUGACCGAGGAUCUGCUGAGCCGCUUGCUGGGCUUCAUCGAACAUGGCCUGCAAGCCCGGAAGAACGUGCUGGUGCACUGCCGUCUGGGGGUGAACCGCUCCGUCACGGUGGCCUGCGCAUUCCUGGUGAGGCGCCGGGGCUUCUCGGUGGAGGAGGCGUUGCAGCUGCUGGGGGCCAAGCGCCCAGGGGCCAGGCCCAACGAGGCCUACUGCGCCCAGCUCUACGCCAUGGAAAGGGGCGAAGUCGCGGAGCCCAGCGCGGAGUCGGAGGAGGACUGGGACGUGGCGGCGAUGCAGUCCCCAGCAUGA